CGGCAGGUGACGUCGCUCUCCGGGCCUAAGGUCACCCUCUUCGCCUAUCAGAUUCGGCCUGGCCGGGAAAGGGGCGGGGUAAUUACGUGGCUCCCAACGGUAGAGGGAGGGUCCUAUCCGCGCGUGUAAGUAAGUGUGCUAGAGCUAGUCCCCGCCCCGCCGCCCGGUAAUGGCCGCUCGCGCACGUCCACUGUCUAAGGCCGCGGGCGCCCCCUGAAUCCUUCCGCUCGUCCCAGACUGAACAGCUUGAUUCCCCGGUGAAAGAGGAGCCGGCGCAGCAGCCGCCCAGGGCCCCGCAAUGGCGAGCGCGUUGGAGUCGUCGCUGGAGCUAAGCCUGUCGAGCAGCUACGCGGGCCCGUCGUCGCUGCCCCCAGCGCGCUCCCGCAUCUUCAAGAUUAUCGUCAUCGGGGACUCGAACGUGGGGAAAACGUGCCUCACGUACCGCUUCUGCGCCGGCCGCUUCCCGGAGCGCACCGAGGCCACCAUCGGAGUAGAUUUCCGCGAGCGCGCCGUCAGCAUAGACGAAGAGCGGAUUAAGAUCCAGCUCUGGGAUACAGCAGGACAGGAGCGAUUCAGGAAGAGUAUGGUACAGCACUAUUAUAGGAACGUACAUGCUGUCGUAUUUGUAUAUGAUAUGACAAACAUUGCCAGUUUCCAUAGUUUGCCACUGUGGAUCGAGGAGUGCAAGCAACACUUACUCACCAAUGAUAUACCCCGGAUUUUGGUUGGAAAUAAAUGUGAUCUGAGAAGUGCAAUUCAGGUGCCUACAGAUGUGGCUCAGAAAUUUGCUGACACUCACAGCAUGCCUCUGUUUGAAACAUCUGCUAAAAAUCCAAAUGACAAUGAUCAUGUUGAAGCCAUAUUUAUGACACUGGCUCAUAAACUCAAGAGUCACAAGCCACUCAUGCUGAGUCAGCCACCUGAUAACACGGUUCAAUUGGAACCUGAACGAAAACCUGCCAUGAGUUGUUGGUGCUAGCUCACAGUAUUUUUAUUUUUUCCAAUAUUCACUUUGUCCUAUUGGCAAGUGCUUGAAGAAUAUGGUUGUUGGUCAUGUCACAAUUGAGUAGGAACUCUGUUGGAACUGUUUGGCACUUUAUAUAUGUUCUCAUUCUUAGAUGUUUUCUAUUCUUGUCUUUGCACUUUGUAUCUCUGGAAACUAGGUUUUCAAGGGAAGGUUGGCAUCUGGUCCCAUUAAGGUCGUUUAGUUUUGGCAUUGUUUUUCCACUAAAAGAAGACAAUGUAUGUACGGUAGGUCAAUUCACUGAUGCCUUUAGUUGAACAAUCCGUGGUUCUGUAGAAGCCCAAAGAAGAAUGAUAGGAAGUGAUAAUCUUAGGUGGCUGGUGAAUGGUUUGUGAAACAUACAUUUUUAAUUGCACAUUUUAAUCAAGUGCUAGUGUUUGGACACCUCCUGCAUUCAACUCUUACUUUAAUCUAGAUUAACAAAUUAUGGAAGUAAAUUAUGAUUCACAUGCAGAAUUUUCUCCAUGCUGAAAGAUGAGUUUUCAUAGUGUUUAAUAGCUUUAGACUCAUCUUUUUGUAUGUGAAAGAGCUAGAGACAGAUGACAUUGGAAAAACUGGAAUCAUUCUGGUAUUGUUAUUGUUAAGUACUGUACAUUGUCUUUUCUUGCAAGACAGCAGGGAAUCAUGUGAGUCUAAUGGAACACUGGAAACACUAUUGGAACAUUUUAGCUAUAUUGGACUGGAAUAUUCACUCAGAAAUAGCAUGGCUAUGGUGAUGGGAACUGUCAGUAAGGUUGCCACAUUUUAUUUUAGAGAUUGUGCCUAUACCUGUUAUUGCUCUGAGGCAGCAAGAGAGAACGUAGCCAUAACCCCUUGCCCCCUCUUGCUUCACUGGGCCCUCUGCCUACGAUGGGUCAAAACUGAAGUCCUUGCUAAAGCAGGAGGGAGGGUGAAGGGAAAGGUGGACAUCUCACUACUUAUUGCAUAGGAAGCGUCUUUAUACCGAGUCAGACGAUUGGCCAGUCCAGCUCAGUAUUGUGAACUCUAACUGGCAGCAGCUCUUCAGGGUUUCAGAUGGGUGUUUCUCAGCUGUACCUGGAGAUGCCAGGAAUCUUCUGGAUGUAAAACAGAUGCUCUUCUGCAGAACUGUGGUUCUUCCCUUUGGAGCAUUUAAAGAUAAGGAUAUGACCAGGGUGUUUUUCACACAGGGCUUUUAGCUCGCAUCUCCUUCGGAGUGGAAGGUGUGCAUUCACAUAUUCAGCUUUAAGGGGGCACUUCACACACACUUCGGGGGUUUUUAUUAUGCAUUGGAGCAGAACCUGAUUUUUUUUUCCCCGAGUAAAAAAACAAUCCACUUUUUGUGUCUUUUUGGAAGUGGGAGGCAACUUCAAACUCGCAGUAAAGUCUCUCAGUAAACUCACGGUAAACCCUCUUGUGUGAAAAAUGGCCAGGUAACUAACCUCUAAUCUAUAUUGUGAGUUCUCUUACCAUGAUGAUAUAAUAUAACAGUGGUAGGUUUGCAGUAUUAACAGUGGUCACAACUUUCUGUUCAUCAUGCAUUCUAACUCAAAACAUAAGACUUCAUUCCAGACACAUGCCUUAUCCUGAAUACAGCCAUUGGUGGUAUUAGCUUAGUAUCGCCUACAGUGAAUGACAGUAGCUCUCCAGAGUUUCACCCUACUUGGAGAUAUCAGAGAUAGAACCUGCAGCCUGCAUGGGAAAAUAUGCUCUACUACUGAGCUAUGGCCUCAUCCCCUAAAACUUAUUCAGGAUCAGGAUUCAAAUUUAUGAAGCUAACUUUCCAUUAAAAUAAUUUAGGAUUGCAAAGUUAAUCCUGCUAAAAAGAUUCAGUGAAUUACAAAUGUAAACUAUUAUGUAAACAAAACUGAAAGAACAAAUGCUGCUUAACUGUGUGACUUGGUUGAUUUGCUGUGUUCUAUUGCUUUAAAAUACAAUUUCAGCCUGAUGCAGGAAGUCCUGAAGUUCAGGGUCUGUUGUAUGUAAGAAAACUUUGCUUAUGUGCCUUAGCUUUUGAAAUACAGGUGGACCUUGUUAUCCGCGGAUUCCAUAUCUGCAGAUCUGUGGUUGGGGGGGAAAGACACCUGACCUUGGCAUAUGCAGAACCCAACCCACCCACCCACCCCCGAAAAAAACCCCAUGCCGACUUUGUGCAUCUGUGGGUCAGAGAUGGCCAGAAAUCUCCAGAUAAUUUCCAGUCACCGUUUUCUUUGACGGUGCCACAAAAUGUCUCCCAUCUUUUGGGGAAAGGGCGGGGGGUGACGAUGCUGAUUUCCAGAGCGAGGUAAGAAGCUCCCCCCACCCCCGGUGAAAUUAGCCAAUAUUUGGCCGACUGGGAAUCUAACCCCCACGGACUGUUCCCUCAAAAGUGUGUGUACGUGCGCGCACUCUCAAGUAUUCUGAUGUCCACUCAGUUAAUUUUAGAUCCCAUUCAGGUUGAAUUAGGAAGGCCCCACUCUGAAUGCAUAUGCUCACACAGUGGUUUGAUACUGCCGCCCAGAACAAAACUCAAUCUGCACAGAGAUGGGGAAAAAAUUAGAGGGAGCACUGCCCCCACAAUCCCGUAGGCUUCCUUAACUCGAAAUUUGCGAUUUCCAUAUCCACGGCUGCAGCCUGGAACAGCUGCAUAUCAAGGUCCCCCUGUAUGGAGGGGACAGCCUAUAUCAUUGGAUAAUAUCAGGGGGGGAAAUACAUGAACAAAAGACAUGAACAAAAACAUGAACAAAAGACAUCUGCUCUCCAUAAGUUUCUGUUAAUAGUUGAAGACUGUUCAGAAAUAUUUACAAUAUGUUAUGUUAAGUGCGACAUUAAAGCUAACAUUCCCCCCCACACCCCAUGUGGGAGGAGAGCUGAUCCAGAUAGGGUUUGUGAUGUGGAUCACAGGAGCCUAAAUCCAGAUCAAGAUAAUUCCUCUCACAUCAGGGUCCUGAUCUAGAUUAUUCCUCUUCUUUACUUAGAUUUUUUUUAAAGCCUGUUUUCUCGAAUGAUGCACUUAAUGUGCUGUGUCGCUUGGUUCAUAGAAUACCUGAUCCAUUAUAAGGAUUUGAGAAUAUGGCUUGAUGUUUUUGUAUGGCCAGCCUUCUGUCUGUAUAAAUGCCUGUCCAUCAUUUAAGGAUGCAAAUAAAGGCUUUGCCCUCACCCAUCACCUGCUUCCCACCCCUGGGAGAACUGUGCUGCUCAUACAGAAGGUGCCAAGGGUGUGUGGACUUUCAGCAUUAAGCUGUCAGCAAGUUAAGAUCAACAUUUGUGAUCUUGCACAAAUAGAGCUCUAAGUUUCAUGUAAAUUCUCAGUGGUUGUUACUGAUUAAAUAAAUCCUAGUUAAUGAUAAACAUUUUAAUUGUUCAGCUGAAAUAGACAAAAUCUGCAUAAAUUUGCACAUUCAAAAUUUCUGCGGGGAAAUGAUACUUCCUUUGUUUAGAUCAUGACACCAUCUUCACGGCAUUCUUUUCUGUGUGAUAAAAGCGGGAAUGUCUGUUCUAACAUAGUGCCUGCCAUCUGCAGCUUUUGUAUGUGCUUCCAUUAGAAAUAUGUUUUAAAUCUGACCAGAUUUAAACAGCCAUCUUUUAAAUAAAGAUUGUUAAUCAAUUAAUGAGGCUGACUAAAUCUUACAAGUCUAAGUGAAUUGCACAAGGUUUGGUAUUUAACAAUGAGGGCUAAGAUAAUUAAUGAGUAUUGCAAUCUUCCUUGCUUUAUGGAAUGGAUGUUUCACAUUUGUACUGGGUUUUGCAUGUUGGUUAUAUGUGGUCUGUUUGGUUACAUAAAAAGGACAAGUAAGUCUUGGAACUCAAGUCUAUGACUUGCUGGACUUGGGUUCUGUGGCUUACUUUAUUCCAUAGGUUUUGUUCAAAUAAAACUGAGCCUAUCCGUAUUCUGUAUUAACACUUAAAAGUGUUCAGUGUGGUUUGCUUACACAAUGUUCACUGUAUGCUGCUGUUGAAAUAGUAAAUAUGAGUGUCUUCUUAAGCGUUUAUCCUUUAAAUUAAUAUAACUGUCUUCAGACAGAUUAGGAUAAUUAGAAGUUAAAUGUAUUGCCAUAUAAUAGGAAGAGGCAUUAUUCUGUUGGAAAUUACAAUAGUGAAGCAUAGAAUACUAGCUUUUUUCUGUGAUGAAAAUAUUGAUUUCACCUUUGAGUAAAAUUCUGGGAGCAUGAUCUACUUGCAUAGUGGGCUAAACAUGAGUGGAUCUUGUUAAGGAUUUUUAGAUAAAUGGUUGUGUUGCUUACUGCAGCAACUGUGACAGAAUGUUCUUAUUUGGUUUUUAUAAAACACUUGAAAAAGGGAACUUUUAUCUGUUCUAAACCUUACUUUUGGUUUACAGACCUUCCAGGAAAAAUCAACUUCUUAAUGCCAAGUGUCUUUAACUAUUUUAUUAAGGGAAUGUUCUUUAAAUGUAUAUUAUUUUCAAAUGUUGUUUACCCUCCUCUUUAGAGGAUUUGCCUGUUUACUAUGGUUUGUACCCCCAAAAAGCAAGAAUACAUACUUGCAGAAGACAGCUUCCCUUGGGAUAGGGCAGAGAGCGCUGGGGGGAGGAGAAGAAAAAGAGCAGAGCUCAUGCAAGGGCUCUCCACCUGAUUUUCUGGAAUUCUUCUGAGUCUUCUCCUAUCCCUUUCCAGAGGGAGAUGGCUCAAGAGAGACUUUUGUGGGGCUGCAAGAGACUACUGUGGGAAAGAAGGGAGGGAGGCUUUUUUUUUUUUUUUUUUUUUUGGCAAGUUUAAAUGCUCAUAUGCUUCUUUGGAUACAAGCCUUCAUAUUCAUGAUCCAUUUAGGUAAAGGAUUCAUUAAAAUGCAAAACUAGUAUUAAUGUAUGUCUGUAAAUUUCUAGCAUUAGUGGAGUUCUUAAAGGAAGCACAAAAAUGCAGGAUUUUGUUUGUGCAGUGGAUGGAGAAUGACAAAUAAAUAAAUUGUACAGGUGCAAGAUUUUGCUAGCUGCCGAUAGUGAGAACUUAUGAAAUGGUUACUAUGCAGCUUCUUAAGCAACUGCUUUUGGUAUAUAAUUAUUCUGUCAUGCAGAAUGACAAAAUAACAUUCAGCUAUGUAAUGCUGUCAGCACCAGUUAUCAUAUGAUAAUGUUGUCCCGUACAUAAAGUUGUUAAUGAAAAAUGCUUCCCAAUUUAAUAAUGGUUUACCUACUAAACCCAUUGUUAGUUCACUCUGCUUGUGUUCACUAUGCCAAAGCAAAAUGAAGGAUGUUUUAAUGUCUUUGUUAAAAUAACCACAAAUAUGUGCCGCUGUCUUAAAUGAAGAAAUGCUAAUAAACACUGCUGUUGUCUA